UUGGGAACGCGUGGUGCUCUGGGAGAACCGGACCGCCAUUCGCUCCACUCACGCCCUCGGAGUAACCUGAGUUGCUGCGACCGCCGCCGCACCGGGAAGCAAGAGGAGGCCGGAGCAGAACUGUCUUCCUACCAAGAUGUCUAUUGGUGUGCCUAUUAAAGUCCUACAUGAAGCGGAAGGUCACAUUGUGACGUGUGAGACAAACACCGGUGAGGUGUAUCGUGGGAAGCUCAUUGAGGCAGAAGACAACAUGAACUGCCAGAUGUCCAACAUCACAGUCACAUACAGAGAUGGCCGAGUAGCUCAGCUGGAGCAGGUAUAUAUCCGUGGGAGCAAGAUCCGCUUUCUGAUUUUGCCUGACAUGCUGAAAAAUGCACCUAUGUUAAAGAGCAUGAAGAAUAAAAACCAAGGCUCCGGGGCUGGUCGGGGAAAAGCUGCCAUUUUGAAGGCCCAAGUGGCUGCGAGAGGAAGAGGACGUGGAAUGGGACGUGGAAACAUCUUCCAGAAGCGAAGAUAAAUUUAUCUGUUGAACGGAACUUUUUCUUUAUUUUUUCUUUCAAGUUAUCCAGAUGGGGAAGAAUGUUGCUUAUAUGUAUGCCCUAGGUGUUUUAAUGCUCGCUUGCUCAAGGAUUUAUUUUCGUCACUCAAAGAUUUUUUUUUCCAUUGCUUUUAGAGAAAUGGGAGGGGAG